AGGACCAUCUCUCUGAGGGCAGGCGACAGGCAGGUGAUUCAGACGCCCAUCAACGACUCUCUUCCUGUCAGCAACUGCAGCAUGGCCCUUCUCUUCCGACAGCUUGGAAUCACCAAUGUGCUGUGCCUCUUUUGUGCGGCCCUCACGGAGCACAAGAUCCUCUUUCUGUCCAGCAGCUACCAGAGGUUGACCGAUGCCUGCCGGGCCUUGCUUGCCCUCAUGUUCCCCUUGAAGUACAGCUUCACCUACGUGCCCAUCCUCCCAGCCCAGCUUUUGGAAGUCCUCAGCACGCCGACCCCUUUCAUCAUCGGCGUCAGUUCUGCCUUCCAGCCAGAGACGCAGGAGCUGGUGAGUCCAGAGCCCUGGAGGGUUAGGUGGGACCAUGGUCCUUUGAGAGGGGAAGGGGCCAGGCGAGCGUCCGGCCGGCUUGGAGGCAGCUCCAGGUGGCCGUUGAGGAACCUUGCCCUGCCUUUUUAG